AUGUUUGUUCUCAUCUGGACAACCGCACUUCUCUUUGUUAGAGGCAGUGUUGCUGAAACAGGCGCAUCAGCUGAAAAACAACACUGUGUAAAUUGACACUGUGUCACUCUCAGUGAGGGAGAACUAACAGCAGAGGUUGGACUCUGUGUGGUGAUUCCGUGUUCUUUCACUACUGGUUCUGGCUUCACAAUCCGAGCUAUGGUUUGGUACAAAUGUGAGACAACUAACAAAACGGGUGAUUCUGACAUGAUAUUUCACUCCAACAACAAAAACAACAAAAAUCUUCAGCCGGGAUUUCAAGGAAGAGCAUUACUGUUGGAGCCUGAUUUGAGACAAAAUGUCUGCAGCAUCAUAAUAAAUGACCUCUGGGAGUCUGACAGUGGAUCGUAUGAGCUCAGAGUUAACGGUUUGCUGAAUGGGACACGAAGAGAAUUUAUAUUUCAUCCAAGAGCAACUGUCUCCGUUAAAGGUCUCACUCAGAAACCCUCAGUGAUGAUUCCUCCACUAACAGAAGGACAACAAGCCACACUGACCUGCACUGCUCCUGGUCUCUGCUCUGGAUCUCGGCCUAAAAUCUCCUGGACGUGGAGAGAAGCAGGAGGGAAGGAGUCUGACAUUCCAAGAAGCAUUGCUUCUUUCAGAACUGAGGGUCUGACUGCUGGGACAAAGAGACACAGCUCAUCUCUGACCAUUAGUCCUUCUGCCGAACAUCACGGUACCAAGAUCACCUGUAAGGUCAGCUUUAAAGGUGGCCCAACUACAGAGGAGACUUUGACUUUGAACGUGAACUAUGUGAAGGAAGUUCAAAUAACUGGGAACAGGAACCUGAAGAAGGGGGAGACUCUGAAUCUGACCUGCAGUGUGGAAAGUUUCCCUCCAUGCUUUGUUGUAUGGACCAAACGCAAUCACAUUGGCAGCCUGAUCAAAAACUGAAGAUCAUCCACACUUAUCAUUCCUGAUGUGACACCAGAACAUUCUGGACAGUACGUCUGUAAAGCAAUAUACAUGGAAAGGCCUCUAUUUUCAUAUGUUAACAUUACUAUGAGUUUAGAUCUUGUGAUAAAUUGUGGAUCUUGCUAUCCAGUUCUUCAAUGGGUUGUUGCCGGUGUGUCACUCAGCAUGAAUGUUCUCGUCAUAAUCCUCAUAUCUCGCCUUUGGAACUCCAGAAAAAUGGUGAAACCAAAUCAAGAGCACAGAACUUACAUGUCACUGCGAAAAACAGACGCAUCUCCAGAGUAUGAGAUUGUUGCUCAGCGUCGAAACUAACAAAUCAGUACCAGCUUCAUGAAUGUCAUUCAGAAACGCUCAAUGAUGGAUUUUUUGCCUUGACAAAUGAAUGUAAUGGAGUUUUUUUGUUGUUGUUGCUCUGCUAGCAUCAUUUUGUUUAUUUGAUUUUCUGCAUUAGAGUUUCAACAACGAUAGUAUUUGCAUAAUCUGUGAGAGCACAUUUAGCUGAUCAGUUCAACAUGCAACAUCUCUUGAUAUUUCUACUGUGCUUAAAUGUUUAAUUCAUUCUAAUUUUUUGUUUUGCAUUGUACAGUGUGAUGCUUUUGUUUGGUUUGCAUCCAAUAAACUAUA